AUGGAACGUAUUCUUCUUGCUUCAAAUUAUCCUAAUUUAUAUAAACUUGGUUUACAUGGUCUUGAUAUGGAAAAAGCUAUAUCUCUAGUUUUUCACGAUACUGCUUUGCCUCAUGUAAACAAAGAUAAAAUAUCGUCACUUGUUUUCAAUAUAAACAAAAAUAAAGAUGAAAUUUUAGCAUUACAAGUUGGCAGUAUUAUAUUUGCACGUAUCUUUACUAUGUUCAUCAAUUUAAAAAAUUUAAAUUUUGAUCCAUUUUCAAAUUCACAUCAGCUAAUAUCAUUUGACAUGUCACCUCCGACUGUUUUUUCUUCAAAUCUAUUAGAAUUACAUAUUCAUGUGGGUGAUAUUAUUGAUUGUCUUUAUUUACUUGAUGGACGUUUCAAUCAACUUCAAACAUUUCAUGUUACUAUUAUGUAUAUUUGCUCUAAAGGUUUAACAAUCAAUAAUGAAGUAGAUGAGUUCUGA